UGUGCGAAUGUUAAGCUCCCUUCGCCUGUGCUUAGAGCCACCACCUGCCCUGUGACCAUGAUAGUGUUUGUUAGGUUCAACUCCAGCCAUGGUUUCCCCGUGGAGGUCGAUGCAGACACCAGCAUCUUCCAGCUCAAGGAGGUAGUUGCUAAGCGACAGGGGGUUCCAGCUGACCAGUUGCAUGUGAUUUUUGCGGGGAAGGAGCUUAGGAAUGACUUGACUCUGCAGAACUGCGACCUGGACCAGCAAAGUAUAGUUCAUAUUGUACGGCGAGCCCAGAGACAUGAACAAAAAGGGGACGAAGCUGGGCAGAACAAUCCUGGAUACUCUAGAAGAGUCCCAGGGAGAGAACCUGAGAGCUUAACCAGAGUGGACCUCAGCAGUAGCAUCCUCCCUGCUUAUUCUGUAGGCCUGGCUGUUAUUCUGGAUAAUGAGGACAAAGAUGCAUCUCAUCAAGCUGGAAAUUCAGGUACACCCACUUACAACAGCUUCUAUGUUUUCUGCAAAGGAGCCUGUCAAGAUAUUCAGCCAGGAAAACUCAGGGUACGAUGUGGCACCUGUAAACAGGCAACACUGACCUUAGACCAGGGUCCGUCAUGCUGGGAUGAUGUUCUGAUUUCAAACAGAAUAAGUGGUAUUUGCCAUUCCCCAGAUUGCAAUGGAACUGGAGCGGAGUUCUACUUUAAAUGUGGUGCACACCCAACCUCUGCCAGUGAAACAUCGGUGGCUCUGAACCUGAUUACAACAAACAGUCGCAGUAUCAGCUGUAUCACAUGUACUGAUGUCAGAAAUCCUGUAUUGGUGUUCCAGUGUAUCCACCGCCAUGUCAUUUGCCUAGACUGUUUCCAUUUAUACAGUGUGACAAGGUUGAAUGAUCGACAGUUCAUUUAUGAUCCAGUGCUCGGUUAUUCCCUUCCUUGUGUGGCUGGCUGUCCAGACUCCUUGAUUAAAGAGCUUCAUCACUUCAGAAUUCUUGGGGAAGAACAGUACAACCGGUAUCAACGCUAUGGAGCCGAGGAAUGUGUCCUGCAAAUGGGAGGAGUCCUCUGCCCCAGUCCAGGGUGUGGAGCAGGCCUGCUCCCUGAACCAGAAGUGAGGAAAAUCACAUGUGAGCCAAGCAAUGGCCUGGGCUGUGGGUUUAUCUUCUGCCGUGAUUGUAAAGAAGAGUACCAUGAAGGGGAAUGCAGCACCCUUUUUCAAGCCUCUGGAGCAACAGCCCAGGCCUUUAUGGUGGAUGAACAAGCCGCGGAGAGAGCAAGGUGGGAAGAGGCCUCCAAAGAAACAAUCAAGAAAACAACCAAACCUUGCCCCCGGUGCCAUAUACCGGUGGAAAAAAAUGGAGGAUGCAUGCACAUGAAAUGCCCUCAGCCUCAGUGCAAGUUUGAAUGGUGCUGGAACUGUAGCCUGGAAUGGAACCGAUCCUGCAUGGGAGACCACUGGUUUGACGUGUAGCUCAGUAACAAAAAAGCAGGGACAAGCUUCACUGACUACCCUGAGACAACUGGUAACAUCCCAGUUGGUCCACUGGCCUCUUGUCAUUUUAAUAUUCUUUCUUUUCACAUGAACAAAAAGAAUUUAACAUUAUGCUUCUUCCAAAAUUCGCUCGAGACAAAUUAUGGUAGAAUACCAUUUCAGAUCUCAUUUUAGACACUGUUUUAGAACCCUAUGGAUUCGAGCAUGGCUAAAUGUAAGACACUUAAAUGUUGUUUACCAACCUCUGUAAUGCAUAGAUACAACAGGGUAGAUUCCAAGUGGAGUUUAAGCAUUAACUGUGGAUUACCUGUCUCCUGUGAAUUUAAGACAGACUUGAAUUACCAUAUGAAUUCAGCUCUCUCAGGUUUCAUUUUGUAUACUUGACUUGUAGUUUUAAAAAAAAUUAUUGUUAAAUGAGUCACUGGAAUGAUUUGAAGAGAUCUUUUGUGGCUCAUUGUCAGUGGGUUUGUUUGAGAUUGAUUAAGUGGUUAACCUUUUUUUUUUUUAAAUGUGGGUCACAGCUUCAAUACUAAUAUCUCCAUUUAAAUUUUCACAAUACCAUAGGCAGAAGCCAAAAUUUUAUUGGGGAAAAUUUUUGUUUGUUUUUAAGAAUAAGCCCAAUUGAUAAUCUUAAAUUGUAUGGGUGAGAUUGUAGCUAAGCAUAAUUCACCAUAUCAAAUGAAUGGGAAAUUGGGAAAACUUCAUUUGAAUUUUGAAAUGCUGAAAUUAUGGGGAAUUAAUUAAAACAGUGUGCUCCUAUAACAUCUUGUUGAUUUUCAUCUUAGAAAAAAAUGUUCUCAAAAUUUUUAGGAGUGUCAAAUUUUAAUAAAAAUAAUGGCAUUUCUGAGCUUGAGAACUUUUCUAACAGUUUGGAUCCAUUGUGAAAUUUAAUAGAGAUACUAAAUCAUAAAAUUUAGGUGCCUGUUAUAGUAACGUGAUAGAAAUCAAUUAGUAGUGGUGCUCAAUGUUAAUUAAAAAAACAUAUUGUUAAACCAGAAUGUUUAUAAAUAUUAGCUUUUCUGGGCCUACAUAUGAUACCCACCUAAAUCUCUGGCAGGAAAGAUUUAUAAUAAAGGGAAAUAAUAUGUACCUAGUAUGUUAGUUUAGCACCUCUACUAAUGCCCUAUUGGUUUGAAAAACUACUAUUUUCCAAAUGGGCAGAGCCCAGGAGGGUCUAUAAGCAUCCAGUGAUAUUCAUAUUUUCCCAGGGAUAUUUAUUUUAAAGAUGUGAUACACUAAAAAGCAAGUCAGCACAUUUAAAAUAUGAUCUGAUGACAUCGCUUGAAUAUUAAUGGGUGCUUUGAAUCCCAUUUGGUGUAGCCGUAACAGGCAAGAAAUGUAUAAGGACAUGUUCAUUUUUGUUAAUGUCUGUUAAAUUCAUGAUAACAAAGAAAAAUUUUUAAAGUAAUCGUUUUAGUAAUAGUAAUAGUUUUGCUUUUUAAAGUAAUACUUCUCCACUGACAAAGAUUUGUACCACAUGCGCUAAAGAAGAAUUCUUUCACACAGUUCUUAAGUGAAAAAGUAUUACUCUCCUGAAUAGCUGCUGUCUUUAGAUGAGUCGUUUGACUGUAUUCUGUGGAGGAACAUUAGAGAAACUAGUAAUAUCAUGAGUUUCAUCAAUACGUGAAUCUAUUAAUGAUGAUUUUAGGGUCCCUAGUAACUUAAAUCUAUAAUAUCACUUUUGUUUUAAUCCAUAUUUUUUUGUUUUAGUCCAAAAUGUUUUAUCUAUCCUUAAAGCCAUGAGGCUUUAAAGACCUGUUAGAACAAAAUUUAGUCUGAGAAAGACAGACUCAGGGGCAUACCAUAGUACUUCUGGCCCCACCUACUCCCACCUUAACAUAUCAGCUUCUUUUCCUAUUUCCUCCUAACUCUAUCCUGCCUUGCCUUUCAAUCUGUAGGGAUGCCAUAGACACUAUAGGGCAAAGAGAGUUAUACAGUCACAGUAUGAGAACAGAGGUGCCUUGAACACCUCCUCUGGGCCUUGCACUCAUGGCAAAAACCACUGGGAGCUCACCUUAUGACCCUGAGGGUGCCAAAUCUGCAAUUCUGUACCCUGGUCAGGAAGCUGGGAAAACCCAAUGAAAUAUCCCAAUGAGAAAUGGGAGAGUCACAAAAGUUACUUCCUACAGGUCAUGAGUCAAUAAUAUCCCAGUGGUGACUCAGAAAUCACCUCACUGUCAUGGAGCCCAAGUAAGACCUCUUGGGUAAGAAUGGAAGUUGAAUAAGUGAUGACCAGCUCUCCUACAAUCAGCAGCCCCUGACUGAUGACCUCAUAUGAAUGUAGCUGUGGCAAGGCCAAAGGCAAACUCAUCUCUUUCAGUCAUCUGGCCUAAUGCAGACUCCUCGAUCGUCUGGCGAUCUUUUUUUUCUUGAUUUUUAAUGACCACCUGCUUCCAAAUGUGUGAUGUUUGGGUUUAGGAGAUUUCAUUAGCUAUUAUUUACACAGAGCCAGUCCCAUUGCAUCUAUCUCCUAAACUGUUUUGCUUUGUGAUAUAAUUAUAUAAUAUAAUGUUUUAUUAUCUGCUUUUUUGGGAUGAUAGCUGUUUUUUGUUCCAGAAAAGAAAAAUAGGUCUGAGUUAUUAAGUGGGAAGAAAAAAAAACCCAACCAAUGAAUGUAUUAUAAGUGAUGUUAUCUUCACAUCACAUCAACAAUAAACAUGAAAUGUGUAUCAAAGUUCUCAACACAUCACAAAGAACAGAAAUAAAAGUUCUUCACAAAAGUAUCUUUGUUUUCUAUGCAACACCUAAAUCUGUCCUUCAGUGCGCCAGCAAAAACAAUCAACAGCAUGAUUGUAACUUUGU